GCCUCAUGUUGUACUUAGGAUUCCGAUGUGGCACCUGCCACAUUGUGCAUAGAAUUCACGCACGCGUAACAACUCGCUUGAAGAAAUGCGCAACGCGUUACGAUAUGUCUCAUAAUUAACGUAGUAUCGUCUCGAUCGAUGCUCGUGAGAUGUUGAAUUGAUAUAAAGUAUAAAAGAUUUGAAAAAAUUGAGAAGAAACUUUUGAUUUUCGGUGUGCGUCUGUGUGCAUGCAUAUGUGUAUAUAUUUAUAUUUGUUGACGGUUACAAAAAUAUAUAUAUUUUUUUGUGUAUAAUUUUAUUUAAUGAGAUGAAGUGUUGUGCAUCGUUGCUUUUCAUUCUGAUAGUGAAUCUAUAUCUUACAAAGAUAUGCCUGAGUGUCGACACCAAAAUUUUGAGCUUGUGCAUAGCUCAAAGUAGUUGUGAGAAUUGUUUAGAAGCGAGUUUAUCUUGCGCUUGGUGCAGCGACUGGUCAUAUUCAAAUUCCACGUACGGCAAAUCGAGAUGCAACGUGCCUGAGCGUUUGCGAGCGUUUGGUUGUCCAGUUUCGGAAAUACGCGCGGCGCCGCCGGGAUCGCUUCGGAUACUAGCAAACAUGGACUUCCAAGACGUUUCCAAUGAUAGUACGGUACAGCCAGUGCAGUUGAGACCGCAGAAGCUAAAACUCAGCAUCAGACCACGCUCUAGCCAAGCGGUGACGCUUCAAUAUAGGCCGGCUAAGAAUUACCCAUUGGAUCUUUAUUAUCUUAUGGAUCUUACAUGGUCAAUGAAGGACGAUAAGGAAACUCUGGUAGGGUUAGGCUGGAAGAUGGCUAAUACGCUCGGAACAUUUACCACAAAUUUUCGACUUGGUUUUGGAAGUUACGCCGAUAAGCCUUUAAUGCCAUACAUCUUUCCAAAACAUGAGGAAAAUCCAUGUAAAAGCGAAAAUGCUGUUUGCAAGCCGUUAUAUUCUUUCUGGCAUCAUUUGGAGCUCACUGACAAUAUACCGAGGUUCAUUCAUGAAGUAAAUUUUAGUUCGGUGACUGGCAAUGUGGAUAAUUUGGAAGGCGGCUUGGAUGGAAUUGUGCAAGCAAUCGUUUGCGAUCAGCAAGUUGGUUGGGCUCAUCAAGCGCGGAAGCUGAUGCUAGUAGCGACCGAUGGAUUUUUGCAUUUUGCUGGCGAAGGAAAGCUUGGAGGUGUAAUAGAACGUCAAGAUUUUCAAUGUCACAUUGAUGAACGUGGACAGUAUUCUUCGGCGGAGAAAUACGAUUACCCCUCUCUGGCGGAGGUAUUUCGAUUGUUGCAUGAGCGCAAGGUCAAUCUGAUCUUCGCCGUGACGGAAGACAGUCGUCAUGAAUACGAAUUAAUUGCUGACUUGUUAAAAGAGCAAGCUAGAGUCGCUACUCUGACACAUAAUAGUUCCAACAUUCUUGAAAUCAUCAAGAGUGCAUACCACGAAAUAGUGAGUAAAGUAGUGCUGCGCGACAAUGCGACCGGCCCGUUGCAUCUUAGCUACCUCUCCGCUUGUGGAAAUGAGACGAACGUGGAAUCGAAUACGUCCGAGUGCGACGGAAUACAAGAGGGUCAGGUGUAUGAGUUCAAAGUCUUCAUAACAGCUGAUGAAUGUCCGAGAAACGAGAGCCUCUGGAAGCAAACGGUGGUGAUCGACGACGCGUUAGCGUCUGAGGCAUCUGAAGUGCAGAUCGAGGUUGAACUUUUAUGCGGUUGUGAUUGCAAAAAUGUAGAAAGUUCAUAUUGCGAGCACGGUGUUAACGAGUGUGGCAUAUGCAAAUGCGACUUCGGUUGGUCUGGAGAUACUUGCGACUGUGAUGAAAGUUCCUCGAUAGAGAACAGACUGCAAUGUAUCAACGGAGAAGAGAUCUGCUCCAACAGAGGAGAAUGCAUUUGUGGUACAUGCAGUUGUGAUAAGGGAUACAAUGGUCAUUUCUGCGAAUGUUCUCCUUGUGACAAAACCGACGGGAUUGAAUGUGGUGGUCAGGGCAUAUGCGAGUGUGGUGUAUGCAACUGCUUGGACGGAUGGGAAGGCAAUGGCUGUCAGUGUCCAUCUGGCAACGAACUUUGUGUUGCUCCUGGCAGCAAAAACAUAUGCGGUGGACAUGGAUAUUGCGAUUGUGGACAAUGCCGAUGCAACGAGACAGCUGCCGACGGUCUGUAUUAUCGAGGAACGUACUGUGAAUCGUCCGCGAGUGCAGGUGGCAGCGGACUUUGCAUCCUCUACAAUUCUUGCGUGAACGUCACGGUUGAAUAUCCGGAAAAAGCGGAAGAACUAUGUCAGACCAAUACGACUUUUUACAAAACCGAGCGAGUGGAUACGGUGGAUAUAGAUGACGAGCAUUACUGUUUCGUGAGGUCGGUACAAGAUAGAACAGUCUGCACUAUACCUUAUAUAUAUGAAUUUCAACCGGAUAAGAUAGUUAUUUUGAGAAUUGCCAACAAGACUUGUCGCACGUUGAUGCACGCCGCGUUUAUUCCGGGAAUCCUCUUUGCUGCUGUGUUGCUGCUCGGAAUUAUUGGCUUAUUAAUAUGGAAGUUUUGGACUUCGGUACAAGAUCGUAGGGAAUAUGUGAAAUUUGAGAAGGAACGACAAACAACUGUUUAUGCUUUAGAUGAAAAUCCGCUUUUCCGUCCAGCAACUACUCGAUUUAGAGUACCUUCCAUGUACAAGGAUGAUUAAACAAAAUUAAGAACUAUUAUGCAAAAAACGAACAAUUUAAGUAAAAAUUUUUCACACAAGCUGAAUCUUAAUAUAAAUUUAGAAUGUUUUCGAUUUCCAUACAAUAUUUUAUAAUUUUGUAGAAAACUUCUCAUUUUUUAUAUGAACUCACACAUGACAUUCAUCUAGAUUUUGAAAUUAUUGCGGUAUACGGAAUUACUACAAAUGUUUUAAAAAUGAAUAUUAUUCGAUGUAUAAUAUAAAGCGUAUUUACAUUUGGAACAUUAAAAAAAUAUUUAUUUUAUGCAAAAAUUUUCUAAGUCUACUUCUAACGCAUUGUUGACUUAAAGAGAUUCUAAUCAUCCUAUUUUACCAAUUAAAACACCGUAAUUUUGUGACAAAUUUUUGUGUGUAUUACUUUUAUAGUUUUGGAAAUCCUUUUUUAGAAUUAUAAUAUACGUAUGAAUUCAUUCUGCAGUAUUUUAUAUUGAUAACAAAAAGAAUUUUUUAAUUUAGAUCAUUUUUUGAACCAAUAUAGAUCUUGCCAAGUCGUAAUAAUAUUUACUUUAUAAAAAAGUUUUACAGUCUAUAUUUACGAAAUUGAAAUCUUUAAGGGGAUGCUAAAGUGAAUGGCGAACUCAAUCGAGGUCGGUCUAGACUGUAAUAGUCCUGCGACAUCUGCGGCCCUCCGUAGAACUAAAUGCGACAUCUGCGGAUCUCUGCAGAACUAAAAAUGAUAAAUAUCGAUAAUAACAACAUUUUUAUCGACAUUUAUCAUAUAAGCGUUGUUUCUUUUCUAUUUUCACAUGAGCUCUGUUAGACAGAUACUCUAUUUCCUUUUGUUACAUAACAAAAAGAGAAGAAAAGAAAUACAGCGUUUUAUAAAAAUUAUAUGCGUAUAAUAAACACUUAUAAUAUUGUGUCAUAAUUAGCUAGUUCAAACGCCUCCGAUAUUUGGUUAUAACUAUCUACAACACAAUGUACAGCUGUAGCAUUUUGUUAUAACAAGCCAGUACACGAUAAUGACCCUGGUAAAAAAUUAAAAAACCCA